AUGGCAGCUCGCAGGUACAAUGAAGACACGACCCGAGGAUCCAUGUUCACCUACACCAACUCCAACAACACCAGAGCCCACAUGAAACUCCAAUUAAAGCAUCCCCAGUUAGCGGCUCUUUCUCCCGUGGGGUGUGAGGGCCACGGAGCCACUUUCCCACAACAUCUGAGCAGCACCAUUGUCCACUUCAGCUGCGGCAGAAUCAGAGCUGGAAUACCAAUGAAGCCCUGA